AUGUUGCGCCGUGCUCUCUUUGUCCACACAUCACUCACCGUCGCUCUGUGUCACAGUCAUUACCGCACUGCCACGAGAACAACGUCAGAAACAAAAUUGCCAUCGAAAACAACGACGCUAUGGUGCGAUUGCGCGGCCGCAGACGUGCAGGUGCCGCGCGCCACUGUGGAAGACAUGUUUGGUCGCAUGGAAGGAGAUCAUGAUAACGAUGAUGAGGACGACGCCAGUGUGCCACAACGUGGUAAGGCGAGUCUCACGAGCAGCCGGCACAUCAUUGAAGAGGCUUUUUUUGAGUGGGUGGGCGACUACAGCAGCAGUACUGCUGAGGGGAUGGGCGACUUUAGUCUGGAAAGUGUCAUGAAUGCCACCCUUGUCGAGCCACACCCCCAGGGUGAGUGUAGCGCGGCCGACAGGGCCCUUGUAAGUGGUGAUAUUUACGACAGUGACGAUGAUGGCCUCGAUGUUAACUGUGAUGAUGCAGGCGGAGAGGAGGAAGGGCUUGUAAGCCACAACAAUGACAUUCUCAUUUGCGAGGUUGAUGAUGAUGGAUUAGCCGUCGCUGGUGGGUCAGGUGCACUUCUUGAUGCGGAGGGCGGUCACCACGAAGGGGAAAAUCAUGAGGAUGACGUCGAGGAUGAUGAUGCGUCCACCAUCGCCGCUGCUGAGGAGGAGGAGCAGGUGGAGCAGCUGCUUUGCGCAACUCGGACUGCCGAGUCCACUGCAGCGCUCUUCUUUAAAGGCAAGGAGUGGGCGGCCAAGAUAAGGGCAGCAAAGCCGUCAUUUGAUGACGCUGCGGCGGAGGGGGCGGAGUUGGAGACCGUUGGAGAGGUGAUGCCAUCACCGCAGCGGUUCUGA